ACGCCUGGACGCAAACCUUAUCUCUGUGGUGCCCGAGAAGAGCUUUGAGGGGCUGCUUUCCUUGCGUCACCUGUGGCUGGACGAUAAUGCCCUGACGGAGAUCCCUGUCCAAGCUCUGAACCACCUGCCAGCGCUGCAGGCCAUGACCCUGGCUCUCAACCAGAUCUGGCACAUUCCCGAUUACGCCUUCCAGAACCUCAGCAGCCUCGUGGUGCUGCACCUGCAUAACAACCGGAUCCAAAGCUUGGGUUCCAAUGGCUUUGAUGGGUUGCACAACUUGGAAACUUUGGAUCUGAACUACAAUGAGCUGUUGGAAUUCCCUGGGGCUAUUAGGACUCUGGGUCGACUACAGGAGCUCGGUUUUCAUAACAACAACAUCAAAGCUAUUCCAGAGAAUGCAUUUGUUGGGAAUCCCCUCCUCCAAACAAUCCAUUUCUAUGACAAUCCCAUCCAGUUUGUUGGACAGUCUGCUUUCCAGUACUUGCCAAAGCUACACACUCUGUCGCUCAACGGUGCAACAGACAUCAGAGAAUUCCCAGAUCUUAAAGGAACUACCAGCCUGGAAGUUUUGACCUUGACCCGGGCAGGUAUCCAUUUACUUCCCAGAGGGAUGUGCCAGCAGCUACCUAGUCUCCGAGUCCUAGAACUGUCGCACAAUCAAAUUGAAGAGCUGCCCAGUUUCCACCGGUGUCAGCGGCUGGAGGAGCUUGGUCUCCAGCACAAUAAGAUCCAGGAAAUCAGAGCAGACACCUUUGGACAGCUCAUGGCCCUGCGUUCCAUAGACCUGAGUUGGAAUUACAUCCAGUUUAUUCAUCCUGAAGCCUUCGUGACUCUGCACUCACUCACCAAGCUGGACUUGACUGAUAACCAGCUGGUCACGCUGCCUCUCAAUGGCUUGGGCGGACUGACCCAUCUGAAGCUCCAAGGCAACCCGUCUCUCUCUGAACCCUUCUCUAAGGAGAGCUUCCCCAAAAUGAGAGUCCUUGAAGUACCUUACGCUUAUCAGUGCUGUGCCUACGGAAGCUGCAGCAGCUUCUUCAAGGUAUCGAACCAAUGGGAAGCAGAAGACAUGAGCCCUGAGGAGGAGGAUCCCCAUAAGAGGACCAUGGAAUUGUUUCCAGGUCACACUGAUAACCACUAUGACUUAGAUGCAGAUGACCUCCAGCUGGAUCUUGAGGAAUCAAAGCUGCACCCCACCAUACAGUGCACACCCAGCCCUGGUCCCUUCAAGCCUUGUGAUCACUUGUUUGAGAGCUGGAUCAUCCGCCUGGGCGUCUGGGCCAUCGUUCUGGUCUCAGUGCUCUGCAACGGGCUGGUCAUUGUGGCCGUCUUUGCCUCUCCCAGUUACCUGUCCCCCGUUAAGUUUGUCAUCGGCUCCAUAGCUGGAGCCAACAUGCUGACCGGCGUCUACUGCAGCAUGCUGGCUCUGGUGGAUUCCCUGACCUACGGGCAGUUUGCUAGCUAUGGUGCCAGGUGGGAGAGCGGCGCAGGCUGCAGGGUGACGGGGUUCCUCUCCGUGCUGGCCUCAUUGGUAGGAGUGGCCGCUGCCCUUUGCUGCCUGUUGCUGUCCUCUGCUGCUGCAGCUCUGCCUCUCUUCUCCGUUGGGGAAUAUGGAGCAUCCCCUCUCUGCCUCCCAUAUCCCAUCCCGGAUGGGAAACCUGCCACCCUGGGCUUCACUGUGGCCUUAGUGAUGACAAACAUGCUCUGCUUCCUGACUAUCACGGGCACCUACAUCCGGCUCUACUGCAACCUGCUGAAAGGCGAGUUCAGCGCUGUCUGGGACUGCGCCAUGGUCAAGCAUGUGGCCUGGCUGAUCUUCACCAACUGCCUCCUCUACUGCCCAGUGGCCUUCCUCACCUUCUCCUCCAUGCUCAACCUCUUCCUCAUCACCCCAGAGGUCAUCAAGUCCAUCCUGCUUGUGGUCCUGCCCCUGCCCGCCUGCCUGAACCCCCUGCUCUACCUGUUGUUCAACCCCCACUUCAGAGAUGAUCUCCGCCUGCUGCGGCAGAAGGGCCAGGACAAGGGAAGCUACACCCAGUCCUGUAGGGUUGAUGACAUGGAGAAAAGCUCCUAUGACUCCACCCAGGCUCUCGUGAGCUUCUCUGACAUCGACCACAUAUUCGAGACUCCUGACUCCCUGGUAGUGCACCCCGUCCUUGACAGCUACAGCUUUCCCUCCAUGACACUCGUCCCCUGCCAGCAAAGAGUGGGCACCAGGGGCAAGGAGAGGGGCUACUCCGAGCACUGUCCCUGCCUCAAUGACAGUGAGGUUCUGCUCGCUUCGGAAGGCCGAGACGCAGCCAGCAGCAGCCUCCGGAUAGCCUUCUUCUCCACCCCGCCCUCACCACCCUACACAUCUCACUUAUAA